AUGGGAACAUCAGCUGAGAUUCUUGCCAUGCUCAUCCUGAUUCAAAGCAUUUUGAUCUUCUGCACUGGAACUAAUCUGGAUGGAAGCUGUAUCAAGAUUGAAAGAGAAGCUCUUGUGAAGUUCAAGUCAAGCCUCGCCAUUAACAGCUCAGACUCUUUGCUUUCAUGGGUCGGAGAUGACUGCUGCAGAUGGGAAGGAGUAUCCUGCGAUAACAUAACAGAUCAUGUGGUUAAGCUCGACCUUUCCUCGACGUACUUCCAGGGAAAUAUUUCCCUUCAUCUUGGAAACCUUUCAAACUUGCAGUAUCUUGAUCUCAGUGGGAAUAAUGAAUUGGCAAUCGACAGCCUCCAGUUUCCAUCUUCUAUGAAAUACUUAAACAUGGAGGGUGUGCUCCUGGACAAGUGUGUCGAUUGGUUGCAAUCAAUAAACAUGCUUCCUUCUCUGCUAGAAUUACAUUUGUCUAAUUGUGAGCUUUCCAUUCCUGGUCAUGUUUCACAUGUCAAUCUUACAUCUCUUGAGGUUGUCUAUCUUCGUGGGAACAACUUCAAUUCCAAAAUCCCCAGCUGGUUAUUUAAUAUUACCAACCUGCAAUAUCUUGAUCUGAGUUAUAGUGCUUUUCGAGGCUCUCUUUCAACUCGGAUUGGAAAUCUCAAUUCUCUUUCUUUCCUUGAUCUGUCCUGGAAUUCGCUGGAAGGUAAUAUACCCACAACGUUGAACCAGCUUUGCAAUUUGAGUGAGCUACACUUGCAAACCAACAAGUUCAGCGGUGAGAUAUCUGGACCUUUUGGCAAUUCAUCGAGUUGUGUGCAGAAGAGUUUAGUUUAUCUGUAUCUUUACAACAAUUCUUUUUCUGGUAGCCUUCCAAAUAACAUUGGACAAUUCAAACACCUAAAAUUUCUUCUACUUUCUAACAACUCUUUCUGGGGUCCAAUCCCUGUAUCAAUUGGACAACUUUCCAACCUACAAAUACUAGAUUUCAGUCGGAAUUCAUUGCAGGGGAAAGUUUCUGAACUUCACUUGUUAAAACUCAGAGGUUUGGAUCAGUUGAUUUUGAGUGGAAAUUCUUUAGUUUUUGAUAUUGAUCUCAAAUGGGUACCUCCUUUCCAACUUUCCAGGAUUGAGUUAUCAUCCUGCAAACUAGGGCCUUGGUUUCCACAGUGGCUCAAAACACAAAAGAGCAUUGCUUUUUUACUAAUGUCUAAUGCAAGCAUCUCGGAUAGCAUCCCUGAUUGGUUUGAAAACGUCUCUUCCAAUAUUGAAGGAUUGGAUCUAUCUUAUAAUCAGCUUUCUGGAACCUUGCCAAAUUUGAGAAAGUUCAACACUACUUAUGAAGUUUACUAUAGGUACAUAUUAUUGAAAUCUAACAGGUUUGAGGGCUCUUUAACCCAUUUUCAUUCUGAUGCAAGCAUAUUGGAUAUCUCCAACAACUUGCUGCAAGGUCAGAUUCCCCAUAACAUCAGCGAAAUGAUGCCAAUGUUGCGAUUCUUAUCCCUUUCCAACAACUCUUUGAAUGGUACGAUUCCAGCUUCAUUAUGCAUGAUUGAAUCUUUAGAUAUUCUUCAUCUUGCAAAAAAUCAUCUGUCGGGACCAAUACCUUCAUGCUGGGGAAAUUUGCAACGUUUAACCGUGAUUGAUCUUUCAAGUAAUAUGCUCAGUGGUCAUAUUCCAAUGUCCGUGAGUUCUCAAUCGUUUCUGGUUUCGCUGCAUCUGCAAAACAACAAUCUUCAAGGAAAGAUCCCAAUCUCAUUGAGGAAUCUAGAGUACUUGGAGACUCUUGAUCUCGGCAACAAUUGUUUUGAUGGUUAUAUUCCUUGGUGGAUUGGUGAAAGCCUAUCUUCAUUGAAAGUACUGAGUGUCCAGUCCAAUAAAUUUGAAGGUGAGAUUCCUCUGCAGCUUUGCUACCUUGCUUCUCUUCGCAUAUUGAACUUGGCAAACAAUAUGAUGACUGGAACUAUUCCCACUUGUUUUGGCAAUUUUACUGCAAUUGCUAUGCAUGAAAACGAAGGACUUUGGGAGUAUUAUAGUUAUCUUCUUCCUAGGGAGGCCUUUGAAGAAAAUGGCUAUGGUGAGAAUGUGCAAGUUUAUGUCAAAGGAAUAGAGCUUGAAUAUACUAGAACACUUCGAUUUCUCUAUUCCAUUGACCUUUCAGGAAAUAACUUUGUUGGAGAAAUUCCAAAGGAGUUGAUGAAUCUUUCAGGUCUACAAAACCUGAAUCUAUCUAAAAACAAAUUAGAUGGGCACAUUCCUUGGAUUAUUGACACUUAG